GUGAAUAUGAGAGUGGGAAUUCACACCGGAACUGUUCUCUGUGGGAUUGUUGGUACAGUACGUUUCAAAUUUGACGUCUGGUCUAACGAUGUGACCCUGGCCAACAUCAUGGAGUCUACUGGCGAGCCCGGAAAGGUCCACAUCUCUGAGGCUACCCGGGAGUUCCUGGUGGACGAUUACGACAUGGUUGAAGGCGAGGAAGUAGCAGAAAGACGACGUAAACUGGUUGAGGAGAGAUACAUUUCGGCACAUCUAUCCUGUGU